UCCCUCGCAGUAUCUUCUUCGCCCACCUUCCCUCCCAUUGAAACCUAUUCGAUAUUUUCACCUUUUGCAUCACUUCGAUUAUGGCUUCUCUCAAAACCCCAACACUCAAAACCCCAUCUUUUGCCCUUUCCUCUAAACCCCGCCUCCCUUCUGCCUUCUCCGCCGCCUUCCCCAACACCGCCCGCUUCUCACGCUCCUACCCUCAACGCCGCCGCUUCUUAAUCGUAACCGCUUCCUCCUCCUCUUUCUCCAACAAGCCCACCGUCCUCGUCGCCGAGAAGCUUGGCGAGGCGGGUUUAACGCUGCUCCAGGAGUUCGCCAACGUGGACUGCUCUUACAACCUCUCCCCCGAAGAGCUCUGCACCAAGAUCUCGCUUUGCGAUGCCUUGAUUGUGCGCAGUGGAACCAAAGUUAACCGAGAGGUCUUUGAAUCUUCAGGCGGGAGAUUGAAAGUCGUUGGGAGAGCCGGUGUUGGGAUCGAUAAUGUGGAUCUGUCUGCCGCCACCGAGCAUGGUUGUUUGGUCGUCAAUGCGCCUACUGCUAAUACCGUUGCGGCGGCUGAACAUGGUAUCGCGCUCUUGGCUGCCAUGGCUCGUAACGUCGCUCAGGCUGAUGCUUCCGUCAAGGCUGGGAAAUGGCAGAGGAACAAAUAUGUGGGUGUAUCCCUUGUUGGGAAAACGCUUGCUGUUUUGGGUUUUGGAAAGGUUGGAUCCGAAGUAGCUCGGAGAGCCAAGGGGCUUGGCAUGCAUGUUAUUGCACACGAUCCUUACGCCCCGGCUGAUCGUGCUCGUGCCAUAGGUGUAGAGUUGGUGAGCUUUGAUGAGGCCAUAGCGACCGCUGAUUUCAUCUCUCUACAUAUGCCUCUCACCCCUGCUACUAAUAAGAUGCUCAAUGAUGAGACAUUUGCUAAGAUGAAGAAAGGUGUUCGAAUUGUCAAUGUUGCUCGUGGGGGUGUGAUUGAUGAAGAGGCUCUUGUGAGGGCAUUGGAUGCUGGGAUUGUAGCUCAGGCUGCUCUUGAUGUUUUCAGCGAGGAGCCACCGAAACAGGACAGCAAGUUGGUGCAGCAUGAGAGGGUUACUGUCACUCCACAUCUUGGUGCUAGUACAAUGGAGGCUCAGGAAGGAGUGGCUAUUGAAAUAGCAGAAGCUGUUGUUGGAGCCCUGAAAGGGGAACUUGCUGCGACUGCAGUCAAUGCACCAAUGGUUCCUGCUGAGGUUCUAACAGAGUUGAAACCAUAUGUUGAACUUGCUGAGAAACUUGGGAGGCUGGCUGUCCAAUUGGUAGCUGGCGGAAGUGGUGUUAAAACUGUAAAAGUAUCAUAUGCUUCCUCUAGAGCCCCAGAUGACCUUGACACAAGGUUGCUCCGUGCAAUGAUCACAAAGGGCAUAAUCGAGCCUAUUUCCAGUGUUUUUGUGAACUUGGUUAAUGCUGAUUACACUGCUAAACAAAGAGGACUGCGGAUUACAGAGGAACGCAUCCUUUUAGAUGGUUCACCUGAGAGUCCACUGGAGUCCAUCCAAGUGCAGAUUGCGAAUGUGGAAUCAAAAUUUGCCAGUGCCAUGUCAGAGAGCGGUGAGAUCAAGGUUGAAGGACGGGUGAAGGAUGGAAUUCCUCAUUUGACAAAAGUAGGGUCAUUUGAAGUGGAUGUGAGCUUGGAAGGUAGCAUUAUACUUUGCAGACAGGUUGAUCAGCCAGGCAUGAUCGGGACGGUCGGCAGCAUUUUGGGCGAGGAGAAUGUGAACGUGAGCUUCAUGAGUGUUGGGAGGGUUGCUCCAAGGAAGCAUGCAGUGAUGGCCAUUGGAGUCGACGACCAACCCAGCAAGGAAACUUUAAAGAGGAUUGGUGAAGUCCCUGCCAUUGAAGAGUUUGUUUUCCUCAAGUUGUAGGCUGGCGGUAUCAGUACCAAUAGGGGAUGGUUGGGCAUUUUUAUACUACAUUGUAUUGUAGUGCUCAAUUUUGAAAAAUUGUGAUUUGAGUGUGUCUUGUUAUGUUGUAGGUUUUAGGGUAAUGAGAGGGGGAGAAGGAAUAAUUGAGCUGUGGAACAAAGAGUCUUUUUGUUAUUUGUCUGAUGGAGAUUUGCAUACGGUUUCUAUCAAAUGUAGGAUCUGCUUUCUGCUUUAUGUGCUAAUUAUAAUAGCCAUAUAUAUAUAAAGCUUUCACGGCAUUUUCAAUUUU